CAGGUUCAUCACGGCCCAGUAAUCUCUCUCUCUCUCUCUCCCUCUCCCUCUGUGUGUGUGUGUGUAGCGCCAUUGGCGACCUUCGCAGGUUUCUGCCAUACACUGAUACACACCUGAUGAUGAUACAUACAUAGUACAUAUACAGGGAGGAAUUUGGAAGAGACUACUAGAGAGAGAGAGAGAGAGAGACAGAACCCUAGCAGGUGCAAACGAAAAUGAUGUUGAGAACACCACCACCCAAAAAGCGGAGGGCCGACGAAUCGGGGCCACCGGAAAGCCCUAACUCCGACGGCCAACUCGUCAUCUUCGAGGACCUUCCGGUGCCGGAGCCGUCUCACGACCACUCCGAGCAAAUGCUGUGCACUUACCAAUGCCGUCAGAUGGUUAAAUCGGAAUUUUUUGAUGCCUUAAGCAGUGCGGAGAAGCAAGCACAUGAUUAUAAAUCUAAAUUGGAGGCACUAAAUGAUGACUUUUGCAGAGCAGAAACUGAGAGGAAGAAAUUCAGAGAUCAAUUUUUCUUUGCGGAACAAGAACUUGCUGCUACUAAAGGACGUGAACAGGCUCUACAAGAGCAGCUGCUGAAGGAGGUCAAUGAUUCUCAGGGACGAAUAAAAAAUCAACUGAAAGCAUGCAGUGAACUUGAGGUGAAGCUCCAAAGUGAAAUGAAUCUUCGCAAAAAAGCUGAGUCUUCAGCAGCUUCAGCUGAAGAGAAGGCAAGCCUAUUAGAGGGAAAACUGACCCAUCUUUCAGAAAGCAUAGAGAGGGAAAAGAAGCACCUGCAGAAGGAGCUUGCACAUGUGAAAAGUGAUUCAAAAUUUUCUCUUUCUAGAGUAACUGCAGAUCUUGAAAGGAUGGAAUGCAGAGCUAAUAAUGCUGAAAAGGAAUUGGUGCUGCUGAAACAACACCAUGAAGAAGCUAAAAAACGGCUUGAUGAGAGCUUGCAUCAGAAGAGCGAGCUAGAGAAGAAACUAUCAGGUUUCACAUUUCCAGAAGUUUCAUCUACAGAGAACGAUAUUUUGGUAAAGCAUCUGCGAGAAGAGCUGCGGGCUUUUGAGUCUGAAGUACGAGAAGCAAGGAAGUUAAAAAGCUCUCAUGAAGAUAUUGAGUUAUUGAAGGAGAAACUGUUGGAGGAAAAGGGCCGGAGGGAGAGGGCUGAAGUAGAAUUAUUUAAAUUAUCUGAUAUACAGUUGAGCAUGACGAAGUUGGAGGAGGAAUUGUCUUCUUGGAAGUUGUUGGUGAGAGACAUUCCUGGUGUAUCAUGUGCUGAGGAUAUACCUAUCAAGUUUGCCGAAUUACAAAGAGAGGUGAUUGAAAGCAUGGGGAAGGUGGGCGAGGCCAAUGCACGCCUGAAACAAAUAGAGGUGUCUUUGGAUGCUGCAGAACUUGGAAAACAAAAUGCUGAUGCUGUAGCUGCAUUGGCGACAGAGAAUGCAGGAGCUUUAAAAUCAGAGGUCAAGCGGAUUGAGUUGAUGCUAUCAUCUGUUACUGAGGAAAAAGAUCGGCUGAAAAAUGUCGUCGAUGAAUUAAAGGCGCAGAAUAAUGUGGUUGCAGGGGGCAAUUUAGUAAAUGGAACUCUUUUUAAGGAGCUUGAAUCAUGUCUUUCCAAAAAGGAAAGCUAUAUCAAAGAAUUGGAAACUAAUUUAGGUGCACAAAAAGAAAUCAACAGUCAUCAGCACCAUGAGUUGAAGGGGCUCAAUGAGAGGUUAAAUAACGAGGCAAGAAGAAUCAAGUCAUUGGAGAGGGAGGGCGACCGUCUUCGUUCUGAAAUUUCCCUAUUGGAGUCCAAGCUGGGUCAUGGUGAUUUUUCUUCUGCAAAUACAAAAGUUCUGCGAAUGGUGAAUACGCUUGCAGUUGACAAUGAGGCAAAACAGACGAUAGAUGCUUUACAAAGUGAAUUACAGAAGACGAAGGAGAAGUUGCAAGCUGUUGAAGAGUUGAAAAAACAGUCAGGUGAUGCUGGGACACUUGUAGACUCCUAUAUUUCUGGAAAGAUAGUGCAAUACAAGGAGCAAAUUGCAACUCUUGAAAAACGCGAGGAAAGAUACAAGACUGUUUUUGCAGAUAAAAUUUCAGUGUUCCGAAGGGCAUGCUGUGAGCUUUUUGGUUACAAGAUUGUGAUGGAUGAUCACCAGCGCUCUGAUGGAAUUCCGGUAACGCGUUUUACUCUCCAGUCUAUCUAUGCUCAAAGUGAUGAUGAAAAGCUACAAUUUGAAUAUGAAUCAGGGAAUACAAACAUUCUGGUAAAUGAUUACACCUCUCAACCUGAGAUAUCCCGUCAGGUUGAUAUAUUUAUCAGAAAGAUGAAUUCAAUUCCAGCUUUUACUGCCAACUUGACCAUGGAGUCUUUCAACAAGCGAACUUUAUCUUGACGCGUGUAUCCUGUCCUUCCAAUUCCUGGAAGCAGUUAUGAUUGAAUUUCCAUGUGGAAUACAAGAAUGUAUGUUUGUAUUUAAGUUUUUCACGAUUAAGCCUGGUAUGAUGCAUUACCGGAGAGCAAAAGUAGGUUGAGCUGCACUCAUAUUGACUGGACUGAGUUAAUGCUAGUUUUUGAAGAUAA